UUUUGUCAAAGGACUUUCGAUUUUACAUCGAUUGUUAAAUUAUUGACAAAAACUACUAGUACCUAAUUUAGACUGGUUUCACUAAUAUUUGUAUUUUGAAUUAAAACAGGCGUUGCUACUGGUCCAGUUUACAAUGAUUAUGAUAUACAGCUAAUUAUUCAACGAUUUGUCAAAAUGUUGACUGCCGACGCACUUGACUUGACGAGUGAUGGUGACUGAUGCAGUGACAGUUGGCGUUGAGGCUGGAAUUCCCCAAAAUCACUCGCCACCUGUGAUAUGUCACCUUGCCAUACAUCUAAUGGAUCAUAAAACAAUGUAUCAGUGUUCAGGAAUGGAGAAACACAACAACGGCGAUGUAACCAAUAAAAUAUUUGGAGUUUAUACAAGUCAGCUGUGGGAAGUCUUCAAGCGCUAUGAUCUGGGACAGAACAAACUGCCAAUUACAUCUCUAAGAGCAGCUUUCAAUGAACUGUCUCUUUUCCCGUCAAAUUCACAGAUUUUGGAGAUGGUACACUGUGCCGUGGAAUACGGAAGUCCGUGCGUGGCGAAUCACAUCACGUUUGGCGAGUUCUGUGUGCUGGUUGUUGAGUUACAGCAUCAUUAUGAAAAAGCGCCACCCCUUCCUCCACCUAAAUCACUACUAAAACGAAGAGGAGAAACCUCGGAAAGACGGCGGAGAAAAGAAAGUAGUGCAAAUUUUCAAGUUUUCCUCGGCGGAUCCUGCAACCCGACAACAUGGCGCCAUGAUAUUGCCAUCCCGCAUUUUAAAAAACAUGCAAUCACCUUCUACAACCCUCAGGUGAACAACUGGAGACCUGAGUUGAUAGAGCUUGAAGACCGAGCAAAGCAGGCUGCUACUCUGUUGUUCUUUGUGAUUGACAACCAAACACGAGCUGUGGUGUCCAUGGUGGAGGUUGCUUAUCUCAAUGGGUGUCACAGACAGACUGUGGUGGUGUUUAACAAUUACAACUGGGAGUGGCUCGAGAUGCAGGGAAACAUGCUUUCUCAGAGGGAGAAGAGUGAUCUGAUUCGUGCGCGUAAUGUGUUGAUGGAUAUCGUCGAGAGGAACGGUGUGCCUAUCUUUGACAAUAUUCAGAAAGGUCUCGACUGUGCAACUACAGUUGUGAAACAGAGUAUCCGAGUACAGGACCUGACCGCCAUCCACGGAGCUCAGCCCGUGUUGUAUGGACACACGCAGGCUGGAGAGGCCUUACUGAAACUGAGAGAGACAUUCAACUCUGUGACUGGUAAUGCUGAGGGAAAAAUAAUCAAGGACGAUGUUUGUCUUGGCUACAAGUGUUACUCUGGCCAGGAGCUCAGCAUUCAGUGGUUGCAGCAGCAGCGCCGAAGUCAGAACUCAUUCACAUUCGAAGAAUUCUGUUGUAUUGUUACUGAGUUCAGAAAAAAGAAGCCAUCACCCCUGACUACACUGUUAACAAGAUUACUUUAUCCUGUAACAUGGAUUUUAGGUAAGCUGAGACCACCGGAGGAGUUACCUGAAGCUGACGACACGCGCGACAUCUACCUUGGUGGUAGCUGUGGGGAGUCGAGCUGGAGGGAUGAGAUUGCCAUACCACUUCUCAAACGUCAUGGUUUGUCGUACAUGAACCCGCAUGUCACGGACUGGAUGGCCAGACUGAUCCCCAUGCAGGUGGCACUCCGAGAGAGAUGUCGACUCCUGCUGUAUAUCUUCACUGAAAACACGCGCGGCCUGGCUGCUAUGGUGGAGGCAGGAUACUACAUUGGACUGGGAUGUCGAGUUGUACUGUGUAUGCAGAAACUGAAGCAGGGAACAGUUAUUGCAGGAGAGGAGCUGACAGAGGAAGCGCUAUGCGACUACAACCGAGGCCGGAUGUAUCUCAGUGACAUGGCGAGUCGUCAGGGAGUGGCCGUGUUUGAGAGCACAGUCGAUGCGGUUAACAGCGCCAUUUCCCAGCUCCGAGAGCAAGCCGCUUCCAGAUGAUAGACACCACCAGCGGGCAACUGAUCACCUCAUGUUGCUUGAACUACAGACAGAGAGGAAAUAGAAAUUAUUAUACAAGCUAGUGUGUCAUACUGAUUUUACGAAACUCGUGUCAGGAUUAUUGUAUUACCCGAGUGAAAUAGAGGGUAAUACAUAUAGAAUACUAAACGAG